AAUCCGCGAGACCGCGGCGGGCGAAGAUGGCGGUGCUGGGCAAGAGUUUGCAAUCGUUGUGACUAGGCGAGUCGAGUGACUAUCCGGGCCAUGGCGUCAAACUCAAGCAAGUCUUUCCUGGCCGAUGCCGGCUAUGGCGAACAGGAGCUGGACGCUAACUCUGCUCUUAUGGAACUGGACAAAGGCCUGAGGUCUGGCAAACUUGGGGAGCAGUGUGAAGCAGUUGUGCGGUUUCCCAGGCUUUUCCAGAAGUACCCAUUCCCGAUUCUCAUCAAUUCAGCGUUCCUGAAGUUAGCGGACGUUUUCAGAGUUGGGAACAACUUCCUGAGGCUUUGUGUUCUCAAAGUGACUCAGCAAAGUGAGAAGCACCUGGAAAAGAUUCUAAACGUGGAUGAAUUUGUGAAGAGGGUUUUCUCAGUGAUUCAUAGUAACGACCCUGUGGCGAGAGCCAUCACUCUCCGGAUGCUGGGAAGUCUGGCGUCAAUCAUCCCUGAGAGGAAGAAUGCCCACCACAGUAUUCGUCAGAGUUUGGAUUCCCAUGACAAUGUGGAAGUAGAAGCUGCUGUCUUUGCAGCCGCGAACUUCUCUGCACAGUCGAAGGAUUUUGCUGUAGGAAUCUGUAACAAAAUCAGUGAAAUGAUUCAAGGUUUAGCUACACCAGUGGACCUGAAGCUGAAGCUCAUCCCCAUCCUGCAGCACAUGCACCACGAUGCCAUCCUGGCCUCCAGUGCCCGCCAGCUCUUACAGCAGCUGGUCACAUCCUACCCCUCCACCAAAAUGGUCAUCGUGUCCUUGCACACUUUCACUCUGCUUGCAGCCUCCUCGUUGGUUGACACGCCCAAGCAGAUUCAGCUUCUGUUGCAGUCCCUGAAGACCGACCCCAGGAAAGCGGUGAAGAGGCUUGCUGUUCAGGACCUGAAGCUGCUGGCUAGUAAGACACCACACACCUGGAGUAAGGAGAACAUUCAGGCACUCUGUGAAUGUGCCCUCCAGACUCCUUAUGACAGCUUGAAGCUAGGGAUGUUGUCUGUCCUCUCCACACUGUCAGAGACCAUCGCCAUUAAACAUUACUUCAGUGCUGUUCCAGGAAAUGUAGGUUCUUCUCCCAGUUCUUCCGAUUUAGUCAAAUUAGCCCAAGAGUGUUGUUACCAUAGCAACAGGGGCAUCGCAGCUCAUGGAGUGAGAGUGCUAACUAAUAUAACCGUGUCUUGUCAAGAGAAAGAUCUCUUGUCACUGGAACAAGACGCUGUCUUCGGCCUGGAAUCCCUUCUGGUGCUUUGUAGUCAGGAUGACAGUCCAGGUGCUCAGUCCACUGUGAAGAUUGCUCUCAACUGUAUGGUGAAGCUGGCCAAGGGCCGGCCUCAUUUGAGCCGGUCAGUGGUCGACACUUUGCUCACUCAGCUGCACAGCUCUCAGGACGCUGCCCGGAUCCUCAUGUGCCACUGCCUGGCAGCCAUUGCCAUGCGGCUCCCGGUGCUGGGAGACGGAAUGCUUGGGGACCUCGUGGAGCUCUACAGGGUGAUCGGACGAUCAGCCACAGACAAGCAGCAGGAGCUUCUGGUCAGCUUGGCUACUGUGAUUUUUGUAGCCAGCCAGAAAGCAUUGUCUGCGGAGGUGAAGGCGGUCAUCAGGCAGCAGCUCGACAGCGUCUCCAGUGGGUGGACCAUGUACCGGAUUGCCAGGCAGGCUUCCAGGAUGGGCAACCAUGACAUGGCCCGAGAGCUCUACCAGAGUUUGCUGACGCGGGUCGCAUCAGAGCACUUCUACUUCUGGCUGAACAGUCUGAAGGAGUUCUCCCAUGCGGAGCAGUGUCUGACUGGGCUGCAGGAGGACAGCUUCAGUUCAGCACUUUCCUGCAUUGCUGAGUCUUUGAAAUUCUACCACAAAGGGAUUGCCUCCUUAACAGCUGCCAGCACACCACUGAAUCCUUUAAGUUUUCAGUGUGAAUUUGUAAAGCUCAGGAUUGAUCUUCUCCAAGCCUCCUCGCAGCUUAUUUGUACUUGUAACAGCCUGAGGACCAGCCCUCCGCCUGCAAUCGCCACAGCAAUUGCCAUGACCUUAGGAAGCGACCUUCAGAGGUGUGGCCGCAUCUCCAACCAGAUGAAGCAAUCCAUGGAAGAAUUCCGAAGCCUGGCUUCCCGGUACCGAGACCUCUAUCAGGCGUCCUUUGACGCUGACUCGGCAACUCUGAGGAGUGUAGAACUACAGCAGCAGAGUUGCUUGCUGAUCGCCCAUGCCAUAGAAGCCCUGGUGUUGGAUCCAGAGUCAGCAAGCUUCCAGGAGUGUGGAUCCGGUGGAGCCGCCCAUGCUGGCAGUGAAUAUGAGAGGACAAUGAUGUCCGUGUACAGCCGCGUCCUGGAGGAAGUGGAGUCACUCAACCGGAAAUACGCCCCUGUUUCCUACAUGCACACAGCAUGCCUCUGCAACGCCAUCAUCGCUUUGCUGAAGGUCCCUCUUUCAUUUCAGAGACACUUUUUCCAGAAACUGCAGUCCACCAGCAUCAAGCUUGCUCUGUCUCCUUCUCCUCGGAACCCUGCGGAGCCCAUUGCUGUGCAGAAUAACCAGCAGCUGGCACUAAAGGUAGAAGGCGUUGUUCAGCAUGGGUCCAAGCCAGGACUCUUCCGCAGAAUUCAGUCUGUGUGUCUGAAUGUUUCUUCCACACUACAGAGUAAAUCCGGCCAAGACUACAAGAUUCCCAUUGACAGCAUGACCAAUGAGAUGGAGCAGAGGGUUGAGCCACACAAUGAUUACUUCAGCACCCAGUUUCUGUUGAACUUUUCUGUCCUUGGAACACACAGCAUAACAGUGGAGUCAUCAGUGAGAGAUGCCAACGGCAUCGUCUGGAAGACUGGCCCCAGAACCACCAUGUUCGUCAAGUCCCUGGAGGACCCCUAUUCCCAGCAGAUUCGCCUGCAGCAGCAGCAAGCCCAGCAGCCUUUGCAGCCGCAGCCACAGCCUCGCAGUGCCUACACUCGAUUUUAACUGUGCCACCAGCACACUGCACACUGCACAGCCGUCAGGCUGCAAGAAGAGUCUGU